AUGCCUCAGCCCAAUCCCUCCGUCUCGAACGACAUGUCCCAGAUCGAGGACUUCCUCAACCGCGCCAGCAUGGCUAAUAUCGAAACCGGCGAGUCGGGCUCCGGUGAGUCGUGGGAAGUCAUGGACGGCGAUAAGACCAAGCAGAUUGCGCAGGAGGGGCAGGAUGAGGUGGAGUGGGUCCUUGUGGGGAUGACGGAGAAGGAGAAGGAGAAGCGGGUGGUGGAGACGGUGGAGAAGAACCGCCUGAAGUAG